AAAAAUAUUUAAAAAAUAAAGAAAAUUUUCUGGUUCGUGGACUGUUUGUGACUGGUAGGCACAAAGGGGGGAAAAGGUGAAGCAGUAAGCAAAAAAAAGAGAGAUAAGCAGGACUUUAUUAAAGUUAUUUUUAUCAGCAAAGGGAUGACAGAAGCGUUGGAGAAUAAUACGAGUGUAGAUGAGUACAACAACCAAGGCGACACUAAUCUUGAGUGUCAUUGGAACUCUUGUAUGAAAGUGUUUCCUACGCAUGCUUCACUGGCUGCCCAUCUUUCUGAAGACCAUGUGGGCUGGAAAAAGGGUGGCUAUUUCUGUGAUUGGACCAAUUGUUCAAGACAGGGAGCUAAAUGCCACAACAGAUUUGCUCUCAUGAUGCAUCUACGAAUUCACACGGGUGAAAAACCUUAUGAAUGUACCUUGAAUAACUGCGGACAGACGUUCGGACGAAUGGAUGCUCUUGUUCGACAUAAGAAAGCAGAACAUGGAGAACCCACCACAACCAAUACCCCACCACCACCGCCACCACUUAUAACCAAUAAACCUAGAAAACUCAAAAAGACAUCGUUGGAUAUGCUAUCUAAAAACAAACGAAUGCAUAGAGAUUUAACGGGUUCUUCCGCUGAAGAGUCGGAUGAGGACUCUUUAGCAGUCGAGAUAAAACCGCCCACACAAACACUUUUAUCAGGCUCUCCCGAUUAUACGCAGUACAGACUCGCUAAAGCACAACUAUCCUAUAUUUUACGAGAAAACGAAAUGCUUCAAGAUGAAUUUGACAUUGCUCAAAAGAAGCUAAAAAGAAUGAGAACCGAGCGAAGAGUUUUAUUGGAUGCUGUUAUGGCUUCAGAAACACAACAAGACGAAUAUGAAAUUAUACCACCAAACGAACAUGAGAUUGCAUAAAUAUAUAUAUAUAUAUAUAUUUCACAUUUGUAUAUAUAUUUACAAGAUACAAAUGAAUUUUUUUAAAAGAAAAAAAAAAUAAAAAAAAA